UCAUCUUUCUAUUUCAAACAAUUAUCACAGCGGUUUUAACAUGAGAUGAUAUUUACAUCCACUAUCUAAUAAUCGUGUGUCUUGAUAAUAAACGAUGGAUAGUAACGAAUGUAAAACUCUGAAUUCAGUCAAACAGUGUGAUAUUUGUGACAUCUUUUGCCAUGACAUAUUAUACUGCAAUAAAUGUUUCCAAUGGAUGUGCAGAAAUUGUGCUCAUGUGCAUAAUAGGUUUCAACUUCUUAAAGAAGAUACUAUGACAACGUUUACUUGUAUGAGAAAUGAAGUUAGAAAUAAAGCCAGUGACGUACAGACAAUUAUUGAAAAAACUGAAUCGUGUGCGAGGGAUAAAGAAGAGGUUAUUAAUAGUAACGAAACGUCCGACUUUUGCAUUGAUCAAGUUUCCCUGUUUUCUGCAAGAAACGACUAUUCGAGCCCAAAUACCGAACCGAUAGUACAGAACAAAUGGUUUAGUACACCAGACUGUGUGCCUAAUAACAACCAACUAUACUCUACCCUAGCUAAGGACAGACUGGAUGCACCGUACGUAAGGUUAAGAUUACUUUCCGAGUCUGCAGACAUGGCUGAAAAUCAAGAAGACAAUAUAUAUUUUCAGGAUGAAGAUGUUAGCUUUGGCCACUCGGUUGAUCAACUAAAAAACAAUAGACCAUGCGGUGAUUACAGAUUGCGUAAAGCGAAUUCCUAUUACAACAAGUCAGAGAUGUCAUUUCACGAAAAUUCACGCAUAAACCAAGAUUCAAGAAAAGGAGAAACUUUGUCAAAUAUUUAUUCAGACAUCAACGACGUUACCUGCAUAUCUAUACAAGAGAGUCUUUUUGACGUUUCGGUGCUGCCCAGAUCUCUGGCAACGAAGAACAAACUCGUCGGAGAACGUGUAAUUGUAGUGGCACCAGGCAAGAUAAUCUUCUUAGAUAAAGACACUAAAGCGUAUAGAAUGACCUUUCCUUUGGAGUGGAUUCGCUGCUAUGGUCAUAAUGGGGAUAAAUUAUAUUUUGACGUUGGUAAAACCCAUGUUUUUAGAAAAGGAAAAAUAUUCAUACAGAGCAACCCACAAGCAAUAAUACAGAUACGUGAAUUAAUUCACAAACACUGUUAUACGAAGAAAACUUAAAGAACACGUGAAGCUUAAUUCAUCUCUCCCACACUUAGCAUUCAAAUGCGGUUCCCAUACAUUUAUCUGUUUGUAUGUAUUGUGUUGUUUAAAGUGAAUCUUGUCUUAUUUACACAAAUUGUCACUUGCCUUAUACAAACGUCUUUCGGAUUUUGACGAGAGUUUCUCACCUGAAGAAGCCAUUUUCUAUUUUAAAAGUUGACUUUAAAACAUGAGUUGGUUAGAUCUAUCCUUGAUACAAUCUCCUUUUGCACCAGAGCUGUUGUACAUGAACCUUUAUAAUCACAAAGCAAAAAUGUGUUUAAAAGCCUUUGUCCGCAUUUUUGUAUUCCUUUACAAAAACUUCUGCAUCAGAUGACAAUAUGACUCAAUAUUGUUAAACGGUAAAUUAAGACACUACAGAGUUCAUGUUAAAUGUACAAUCAAUGAAAAUACGCGAUAAAUAAUAUAUCGUCAUAGCGUAAUAGCGAAUCGAACGAUCUUAAAGAUAUGGUAUAAUAUGUUUUAUCCUUUAUGUUCAACUAUCUUACUCAGCAAAGUACGUUAUAAAAUGACAAAUCGUGCCAGGUCAUAUGUAUGUAGAUCAGUCUACAUUUGUGAAAUUGCAUACAGUGUAAAUGUCGCAAUACAAAACGUUAUGCUGAAUCAACAUUUUUUUGUAAAUAUUUGUUUACUUGGCAUUUAUGUAAUACCUAUGGGCAAGCAAUGAAAUAAUGAAGAAUCCAGAAAAAUACAAUACAAUUUUAGUUUGAAUCUAUUUUUGUUUUUUUUUCUGUUUUACUGUUACAGUGUUAAGAAGCUUAUCCAUUUAUGUUUUGUUCUAAAUAAUCAAGCUUUAAGCUAACGCUGUGUGCUAAAUAAAAAUAGUAAUAUAUACUUGUUCCACAUCACUAUUUUUAUUUAGCAUUGUCUGCGCAUAAAUUGUAUACAGAUUUGAAAUACUAUACUUUCGAUUGUUUGAAUCAAGUUACUGAGCAUGCUCUUAUGUUUCGUAUAGACAUGAAAGCUGUACAUACACUGUAAGACAGGACGACCAUUGCUUCUGAAAGUACUCUAUCUCUUUAAGAAAAAAAGACUGACAUCUUUGCUUAUGGCAUACAUUCAUCUGUACGAUUAGAGUGAUUGUGUUUCCAUACAUUUCAGUAAAUUAUUAUGCUUC